AUGAUUAAUGGGGGAUGUCGAACGUUAAGAAGACGUAGAGGCUCGGGUGUUUUUUGUGCCAAUUGCCUGACCACAAAGACCUCUCUCUGGCGAAAGAAUGCAAAUGGAGGAUACGUAUGCAACGCGUGUGGUCUCUACCAGAAGCUUCACUCGACUCCCAGGCCUUUAAACAUCAUUAAGCAGAACAACGGUGAGCAGAUCAUUAGGAGACGGACGAGAAAGCGCCUUAACCCAGAGGCCCUUCAGGCUGAACAGCUAAACAAACAGCAGAGGGGGAGCAGCGAGGAACAAGUCAAUGGCAGUCCGCUAGAUAGGAGGUCAGAGGAUCAUUUGACGGAAGGUCACCCGAGAGAAAUCCAGCUUCCCAGCCUGAGUAAAUAUGAAGCCCCGGGUUCAUUGACUAAAAGCCAUUCUUCUCCGCAGUCAAUCUUGGUCAGCCAAACUGCUCUGGAUAUUCACAAAAGGAUGCAACCUUUGCACAUUCAGAUAAAAAGUCCUCAGGAAAGUACCGGAGACCCAGGCAAUAGUUCCUCCGUAUCAGAAGGAAAAGGAAGCUCAGAGAGAGGCAGUCCAAUAGAGAAAUACAUGAGACCCGCAAAGCACCCGAACUAUUCGCCACCCGGAAGCCCCAUUGAAAAGUACCAGUACCCGCUCUUUGGGCUUCCACUUGUACACAAUGACUUUCAAAGUGAAGCUGACUGGCUGAGAUUCUGGAGUAAAUAUAAGCUGUCCGUUCCUGGGAACCCACACUACUUGAGUCAUGUGCCUGGCCUACCAAAUCCUUGCCAAAACUAUGUGCCUUACCCCACCUUUAAUCUGCCUCCUCAUUUUUCAGCUGUCGGAUCCGACAAUGACAUUCCUCUCGAUUUGGCGAUAAAACAUUCCAGACCUGGGCCAACUGCAAACGGUGCCUCCAAGGAGAAAGCUAAGGCACCCCCAAAUGUAAAAAAUGAAGGUCCCUUGAAUGUAGUGAAAACGGAAAAAGUUGACCGAAGUACUCAAGACGAACUGUCAACCAAGUGUGUGCACUGUGGCAUUGUCUUUCUGGAUGAAGUGAUGUAUGCCUUGCAUAUGAGUUGCCAUGGUGACGGCGGACCUUUCCAGUGCAGCAUAUGCCAAUAUUUUUGCACGGACAAGUAUGACUUCACAACUCACAUCCAGAGGGGCCUACAUAGGAACAAUGCACAAGCUGAAACGAAUGGCAAACCUAAAGAGUAAAACAAACAAACCUUAGCACUUAGCACAAUUAAACAGAAAUAGGUUUCCUUGAUGGGAAUUCAAUAGCUUGUAAUGUCUUAUUAAGCACUUCAUAUAGCAAGCAUGCCUUAUCCAGUAUACAAUCCUCCAUUCUCUUCUCUCCCCCCCCUUUUCCUUUCUUUAAAUGGAAAAAGUUAAGUAACUAAGAAGGAAAAGCUAAACGGAUGGCAGCUGGAAGGGGGGGGCAGGGAUAAUCACUUGGGACCCGUCCCACCAAAACUAUACAGAAGACACUAUAUCAGGGCAAAUAUCUUUGACAAACUUAACCAGACAACUAAUGCUUUUGUUCUUGUGCAAGAAAUGCAGCUGGCUAGAAUGCAAAGAUGUGUAAUGCUGACGCAGGUGUACAGUAACAUAUGCAUACUGUAUAGCGAAAUGGACUUGUUAAAUAAACUGAUGUCCAGAAAUCUAGUAGUAUUUUUUUUUCCUCAUUUGGGUUCACUUUGGCCUUGUUAGAAUGUGCCAUGGCAUUGUCAUUUCCACCAUCUGGAGGCAGUAUUUUUCUCCGGAUGUGCCUCGCGCUAAGCUCCUAUUUGAUCGCUUGACCUUGUGGUCAACCUCUGUUCUCCUCCGUCUUUGCAAGUCUAGGGCAACGAUAGAUUGAACAAUUUAAAACUCUGCUGAUCCAGGAACGACAAUGAGAGCAUUUAAGUCUAUAAAGGCCACUCUGUACUGUUUUUUCCCUCCCCUCCCAGUGUGGAGGGGGGGAAAUUU